GUGCGCUGACUGGAUAUAAAGGUGCCCACUCACAUUAAACUCACCUUGAAUCUCACCAUGCAAGAGACUUCGAAUGACUCCCUCCCCCCUGUCCAUCGCAAUGCAGAUCGUUGGGGACCAGGUUCCCUUCAAUACUCGUUCCCUCCCAGCUCACCCACUCCGGCACCAGGUCUCACCGCUUUCCCCUCAAACCCGACGCCGCUCACUCCUUUGACUCCUCCGCCUCAGUCUGCAUUGCCCAGUGGAUCUGACCUCGUUGGUACUGUCAUGUUGGACCAAAUCGCGAAUCACUGGAAGUUGGAUGCGGAAGACAAAGACCGAUUGCGGUUCUUUGUGCGCAUUGGAUCUCUGGGACCUGGGCUCUCAUUACCUGCUCUUGCAACGGGCCUGUACUCGCUGGCUGCCAAGCUGGGCAUCGCAGCUGCGGCCAGACGACUUCAAGAGAAGGAACAACGGGAUUAUCACACUGUUAUGCGCGACUUGGAGAUUCGACUGGCUGAUACAUUCACUUUGACCACUCCUCAGAAGGAAAACGUGCGCUCUGUCAUUGCGAGCCACAUCUUCGAUGCCCAACAAACGUCAUUCUCAACGUUACAUCUGGAUGUGAUGGCGCAUCUUCAAGUACAUCAGCAACGGCUAGACCUAGACAACAUCCUCGGGCACCUCAGUUACCACCGCCAACCCCCCAUAUAG